CCAUCCAGUAUCCACUGGAGUUUGUGGAGGAGGCUGUACGUCCACAAAGCAAAUCUUGCGCCAUCUUCAUUUCGUUGUUUUAAUUAAGAAGCUGAGAACCAGAGAGCAUUUGAAAAGUGCGGGGGAAGGAAGCUACACUCCGAUUAACAAUAAUGGAGAAACUGGCAAUUCCUUGCCAAACAAAGCCUCCCAUUCCAGUCCCCGCUUCAAUUAUCAAAGCCAAACCGCUUAAAUUCUCCCCAAAACCAAGUAAAACUGCUAUAUUUUUCACCCAUAAAAUCAGUACAAAGUUUAAUGACGACCAUUUGAGGUACCUCUGCAACAACGGCCUCCUCUCAGAAUCCAUAACUGCCAUUGAUGCAAUGUCUAAACGUGGGUCUAAGAUAAGCACCAGUACGUAUAUCAAUUUGCUUCAAUCUUGCAUAGAUGUGAAUUCUAUUGAAGUGGGUCGCGAGCUUCAUGUUCGUGUGCGUUUAGUCGAUCAGGUAAACCCAUUUGUUGAGACCAAGCUAAUUAGCAUGUAUGCUAAAUGUGGGUUUCUAGAAGAUGCACGUAAGGUGUUUGAUGGAAUGCGGGAGAGGAAUUUGUACACUUGGUCGGCCAUGAUAGGUGCAUAUUCGAGAGAGCAGAGGUGGAAAGAAGUAGUUAAACUUUUCUUUUUGAUGAUGGGAGAUGGGGUACUGCCUGAUGCUUUUCUUUUCCCAAAAAUACUUCGGGCUUGUGGGAAUUGCGAGGAUCUUGAAACUGUGAAGUUGAUACAUUCUGUGGUUAUUCGAUGUGGGAUGAGUUGUUUUAUGCGUGUGAGCAAUUCUGUCCUGACGGCAUUUGUAAAAUGUGGGAAAUUGAGUCUAGCAAGGAAGUUCUUUGAGAACAUGGACGAAAGAGAUGGGGUCUCUUGGAAUGCUAUAAUAUCUGCCUAUUGCCAGAAGGGAGAUGGUGAUGAAGCUAGGAGAUUGCUUGAUGCAAUGAGUAAUGAAGGGUUCGAACCAGGGUUGGUAACUUGUAACAUACUGAUUGCUAGUUAUAGCCAGUUGGGGAAUUGUAAUCUUGUUAUAGAAUUGAAGAAGAAGAUGGAGAGUCUUGGGAUAACCCCUGAUGUCUAUACUUGGACUUCUAUGAUUUCAGGUUUUGCUCAAAGCAGUAGGAUUAGUCAAGCAUUGGAUUUCUUCAAGGAGAUGAUUCUAUGUGGGGUUGAACCAAAUGCUAUAACUAUUACGAGUGCAACCUCAGCCUGUGCAUCCUUGAAAUCACUGCAAAAUGGGUUGGAAAUACAUUGUUUUGCAGUUAAAAUGGGAAUUUCUCAUGAAGUAUUGGUUGGGAAUUCACUUAUUGACAUGUAUUCCAAAUGCGGAAAAUUGGAAGCUGCUCGCCAUGUCUUUGACAUGAUUUUGGAAAAAGACAUUUUUACAUGGAACUCAAUGAUUGGAGGAUAUUGUCAGGCUGGAUAUUGUGGUAAAGCAUAUGAACUUUUUGUGAGAUUAAGGGAAUCAGAUGUAUUGCCUAAUGUCGUUACAUGGAAUGUGAUGAUAUCAGGAUGUAUACAGAAUGGCGAUGAGGAUCAAGCUAUGAACCUCUUUCAAAUUAUGGAAAAAGAUGGGGAGGUUAAGCGGAAUACAGCAUCCUGGAAUUCUCUAAUUGCUGGGUUCCAGCAGCUUGGUGAAAAGAACAAAGCUUUAGCAGUAUUUCGACAAAUGCAGUUUCUCUAUUUUAAUCCUAAUUCAGUGACUAUCUUGAGCAUCUUACCAGCUUGUGCAAGUGUGAUGGCAGAGAGAAAAAUAAAGGAAAUCCAUGGUUGCGUGCUGCGCAGAAACCUAGAAUCAGAGCUUCCUGUUGCAAACUCACUGAUAGACACUUAUGCCAAGUCAGGGAACAUUCAAUAUUCAAGAACAAUCUUUGAUGGCAUGUCAUCCAAAGAUAUUAUCACCUGGAAUUCAAUUAUUGCAGGAUAUAUUUUACAUGGUUGUUCAGAUGCUGCUUUUGAUUUGUUUGAUCAGAUGAAAAGGUUCGGAAUUAGGCCAAAUCGAGGGACGCUGGCUAUUUGUUUUUGCUUUUUCUUCUCACAGAGUUUUGAUGAUUCCCGAAAAAUUAAGCCAGUCCCGGGUGGACCUUUUGGAGGACCAGGUGGAAACAAUUGGAAUGAUGGAGUUUUUUCGACGGUUAGGCAGUUGGUAAUUUGUCAUGGAGCUGGCAUCGACUCCAUUAAGAUUCAAUAUGAUGUGAAGGGAAGUUCAAUUUGGUCAGAUAGACAUGGAGGAAAUGGAGGCACUAAAACUGACACGGUUAAGCUUGAACUUCCGGAUGAGUACUUGACUAUGAUCCGUGGACACUAUGGUAGCUUCGUGUCAUUUGGCCAAGUUUUUGUUCGAUCCCUUACUUUCGUGAGCAACAAAAGGAAGUUCGGACCUUAUGGGGUCGAACUAGGAACAGUUUUCUCGUUCCCAGUGGCUGAGGGCAAGAUUGUCGGGUUCCAUGGCAGGAGCGGAUUGUACCUGGAUGCCAUUGGAGUUUACCUAAAGCCUAUUCAGAUGCAAACGCCACCUAAAGCAAUGAUUCAAUCACAGAAUUAUGUCGCUAAUAAGACUGAAAAUGAAGCCUAUUCAAUUAUACAAGGAAGUGUUGGCCAAAAUUAUGAUAUUGUUCUUGCUGUAAGGCAGAAGGAUGAAUUCAGAAAGCCUCUUCCAACUACUUCCUCAAAACAAGCAUCUAGUUCCUCAAGCUCAGAAUCAAGUGAUGAAGAAUCCAUAGACAAGGAUAGAACUCAAAUGAUGGCUGGUUAUGGUCAAUCUCAGAGGCCUGUUAAGAAGGUACCAUCAAAAGUCGAAAAUGUGGUACCAUACGGACCCUGGGGUGGCUCGGGCGGAACAGCAUUUGAUGAUGGAUGUUACUCUGGUAUUAGACAAAUAAACGUGUCGCGCAAUGUUGGAAUUGUUUACAUAAGAGUUCUGUAUGCCUGCGAUGAGGAAUUUAUAUGGGGAAGCCGAGCUGGUGGAACUGGAGGAUUCAAACAUGACAAGGUUAUCUUCGACUAUCCAUACGAAAUCUUGACUCAUGUAACUGGACACUAUGGACCUGUAAUGUACAUGGGACCUAAUGUUAUCAAGUCACUCACAUUCCAUACUACAAAAACUAAGUACGGACCAUUCGGAGAGGCACUAGGAACCCCCUUUAGUACCAACGUCAGGGAGGGAGGAAAGGUUGUUGGCUUUCAUGGGAGGAAAGGUUUGUUCCUAGAUGCUCUUGGCGUGCACGUGGUAGAAGGAAAGGUGACCCCGCUGUCUCGUCCUCCCUGCAGUGAUAUUGUUCCUGCUGAACCACCAUCACUCGGAACCGAGAGUGCCCAUUGGAGUAAGAAACUGGCACCGUCAAAAGGAGGAUCAGCUGAAGCGGUUGCUCACGGUGUAGUGAAAGAACCAGCCCCCUGUGGACCCGGGCCAUGGGGCGGGGAUGGUGGGAAACCUUGGGACGAUGGAGUAUUUUCUGGUAUUAAACAGAUAUACUUGACGAGGUCUCUGGAAGGUUUCUGUUCGAUCCAAAUUGAAUAUGAUCGAAAUAAGCAAUCAGUUUGGUCAGUUAAGCAUGGAGGAAACGGCGGAACAACCGUACAUCGGGUAAAAUUGGAGUAUCCACAUGAAGUGUUGACUUGUAUAUCAGGAUAUUAUGGUUACGUCAGUAAAGAUGAGAGACAACAAGUUAUAAAAUCGCUUACUUUACACACGAGCAGAGGGAAGUUUGGUCCGUUCGGGGAGGAGAUAGGGUCGUUUUUCACCUCGACUACGACAGAGGGCAAGGUGGUUGGCUUCCAUGGGAGGAGCAGCUUGUAUUUGGACGCCAUUGGAGUUCAUAUGCAACACUGGCUUGGAAGCCAAAGGACUUCCAAAUCUUCUCUGUUCAAACUGUUCUGAUAUCAAAUUAGAGAACUAAUUAAAAAGCUGGGGAUGGAACGAUAUGAUCCAUUAAUAAUCAAUUCUGGAAAAAUGAAAUUCUGUGGUCUUUUCUUUUUCUUCCAUUUGUAGGGAAAAUAAUAUUAUGCUUAUCAAUAAAUGCUUAUAAUACUCUUCCUACA